AUGCGCCAUCACUAUUAUCGGAAUUCAGAAGAAGAACUAGAUUCAGAACAAGAACUAGAUUCAGAUCAAGAACUAGAUGCCGAAACUCACAAGAAAUCAUUGGAGAAGCUAAAAAAGACAGAUCCAGAUUUUUAUAAUUUCUUAGAGGAGAAUGAUGAAAAUUUAUUGAAUUUCGAUGUGGAGUCUGGCGAUGAUGCGUCAGACAAAGAUGAUGGGGAUGAUGAUGAUGAUGAUGGUGACAAAGUUCAUAAACCAGGCCCACUUAGAGGAGACAGUGAUGAGAGUGACUUUGAGGAUGAAGAUGCAAAACCAGUGCAAGGGAAAAUCACCCUUAAAAUGGUUGCUCAGUGGCAGGCAGAACUACAAAAUGAAGUGAAAGUAAAACUGACUACAAUAACAACUGUCAUAAAAGCUUUCAAUGCUGCCAUGUUGAGGGCUACCAGUGAGGAUGGAGCCUCAGCUGGAGAAUAUAAAGUUGAAGGUUCAUCAGUAUUUAAUGCUGUAAUACAAAUGUGCGUCCUCUAUCUGCCUGGAGCAAUAAGAAAAUAUCUGGGCAUGGAACAGUCUGGCAAGGACCCCCAGAAAUGCAAACACUUCAUUAAAAUUAAAACACAUUUGAUUUCCUACCUCAGUGAUUUGCUGAAAUUGCUUGGAGGUGUCACAUCUGAGAAUAUUCUGACAGUGUUACUGAAACAUUUGCAUCAGAUGUCUGUGUAUGUUGCUUGCUUCAUUAGGAUAGCCAAGCAAGCGCUAAAGAAGCUCCUAUCUUUCUGGAGCACUGGUGAAGAAACUGUCAGAGUGUUAGCCUUCCUCUGCAUUUUGAGGAUAACCAGGAACCAACAAUCAGCAUUACUGGAUCAAGUUCUCAAGGCCAUGUACUUGACUUAUGUUAAAAAUUGUAAAUUUGUCAGCCCCUCCACCUGGCCAGGCAUUAAUUUCAUGAGGAGAUCACUUGUGGAAAUGUUCUCAUUGGAUCUAAAUGUUUCAUAUCAACAUGUGUUCUUAUACAUUCGCCAGCUGGCUAUACACUUGAGAAAUGCUAUUGUUGUACAAAAGAUUGAGAACAGACAGGCUGUUUACAACUGGCAAUAUGUGAAUUCAUUACAUUUAUGGGCAGACUUGCUUGGGGCAACAUCAAACAAGCCACAACUGCAACCUUUGAUCUAUCCUUUAGUGAUGAUCACUACCAACACUAUUAAACUUGUGCCUACCCACCAAUAUUAUCCUCUGAGGUUCCACUGUGUUGAGAUUCUAAUAAAUCUAUCAAAGGAGUCCAACAACUUUGUGCCCGUAUUACCAUUCCUUGUUGAGGUUUUGACCAGUUUUGAUUUUAAUAAGAGACAUAAGAAGGUUUCUAUGAAGCCACUAGACUUUUCAUGCAUUCUGAGACUGGCAAAGUCACAACUGAUGGAAAAUGGGUUCAAAGACUCUGUGAUUGAGCGACUGUAUGCACUCCUGUUAGAAUAUACAGCAAACGAAUCACACACAAUUGCUUUCCCUGAUUUAACACUGCUAGCUGUGAUGCAGAUAAAACAAUUCUUGAAGACAUGUUCAGUGUCAAACUAUACAAAAAAGAUGCGUCAGUUAGUCGAUAAGAUCGAGGAAAACUCGAGGUUCAUUGAAAGAGAAAGGGCCAAAAUUAGCUUCUCCUUGAGCGACGAGAAAAUGAUUGUAGCUUGGGAAACUAAUAUCAGAACUAAAGGAACGCCUCUGCAAACAUUCUACGAAAAUUGGAGCAAGAUUAACAAAAUUCAGAAACGUAAGAAGAUUACUAAGAAUGAUGAAAUUGCUGGUGAGCUGCCUAAGAUAAAGAGACCCAAACUUUCUGAUGAAGCAAUUCAAAACACCCAAAAAGAAAAUAAGGGUCCUGUGGAGUUGUUCCCGUCUGAUGACGAGGAUGAGGGCGACCACUUUAAGACAGAAAAAGAUGAUGACACACCCGCUCCUAAGGCGAAAAAACUGAAAAAGAAAGAAAAGAAGAAGCCCGCUAAGAAGAAGGCCAUUGAAAUGGACGAAGCACCAGUAGAAGAUAAAGGUGAUAUUGUACAAGAAUUCAGUGUGAGUGAUUGGUAAAUGAAUCACGUUAAUAAAAUAAUGUAUAAUUAAACCUGUGUAUAUUAUUAGACCAUAGUAAUUAAAUGUAAUAAUAAACAAAAAUCCAAUAAAAUAAGAGACA